AUGUUCAAUUCUGGUAGAUCGAGUUCUGCUGCAGCAGGAAGCGGCAUAGGCGGAAGCUCUUUGUUUGGGCAGAGCAAACCAGCUGGUGGUGGGCUUUUUGGGCAACAAAACCAGCAAGGCCAGAGUGGGGGGCUUUUUGGCCAAGGUGCGCCCCAAAAACCAGCGACGAGUCUUUCUGGGACCAGCGGUGGUCUAUUUGGUCAAAACACACAAAAUACGGGCGCAACAGGUCAAAACACGGGAGGAACAGGGUUGUUUGGACAGAGCGGCCAAAAUAACACGGGUGGUGGCCUGUUUGGACAACAGGGCAACGCUCCAGCCGCUUCGAACACAACCAACACGGGAGGUGGACUAUUUGGCCAGAACACUGCUAACUCUUCUGGCGGUUUGUUUGGACAAAACAAUCAAAACACCAACGCCAAUUCUUCGUCAGGUGGGCUUUUCGGGCAAAACACAAAUGCUUCCACUGGAACGUCUGGAGGUCUUUUUGGAGCAAAGCCCACCGGCUUCGGAAAUUCGUCAGCGGCACCAUCUGGAGGACUUUUCGGCAAUAAUGCCGCCAACACCACCAGUGGCAGUACGAGCGGUGGGCUUUUUGGUAACUCUACCGUUGGACAAAACACCUCGGGGGGACUUUUUGGCAACAGCAACAAUGCACCACAAGCAUCGUCCGGGGGUCUUUUCGGAAGCAAACCUGCAGGUACUUCCCUCUUCAAUAACACGAAUUCCAACAACGCUCUACAACCGCCAAUGCAAGCACAGCCCGCUUUACAAACACUAUCGCAGCUGCCGAUCAACCCAAUGACACGUGUUGCAGACCUACCGCCUCAAAUUCGUCAGGAAAUUGAGCAAUUAGACCAAUACGUUCAACGCCAAGUUGCCAUCUCUCAGCAUCUAAAGGCCGAUUUCGACGACCACAUAGAACUGAUCCGGUCCAUUCCACGCGACAUCAAAUACCUGCAAACCACGCAUUCAGUCACACAUCAGUCCCUGAUGCAGGAUUUGCGCAAGAUAACAGGCAUCAAAGACACGAUAGACCAAAACAUGACAGAUUCACAAACGUUUUCCACAAUUUUCCAACAACUAAUAACACCUGGGUCCAAAAUCUCUUCCAUCGAGCUCGAUAAGUUCUUCCAAGACAAGAUCCAGCAAUACAAACACAAAUUGGACGAAUAUUUCAACGUGCUCUCCGAUAUCGAGAGUGCUGUUCAAGGCAUAGAACGCGAUAUGUUCGGAGCUACUUCCACCGAUGGUGGUGCGGACUCUGGUGCUGAUGGUACCAACUGGAAAACUGGCAUCAACGCGAUUGUCUCUACAGUGCUCGAGGAAUUCGAACUUUUCAUGGACAUGGCAGAACGUGUAGCCGAGCUGCACCAAAAGGUCAAGGAGUUCUACGGAGCUCCAAAGGCGUCUGUGGUGAAGGUAUAA